AUGUAUAGCAGUGGUCGAAUCUCAUUUUCGCAACUUGAUAAUAUUGUUAAGGGGAUCCUGUUCGAGCUCUUCUGCUACAGGAGUUGUGACAGUUCCCACCGUUGGACCGUGGACUUGGUACAUUCACUGACGUUUCGUCGGCAUCGUCGUGAGUUUUGCCAUUCUCGGCACCGCUUCCAGCUACAAUUCGUCAGUCAUUCAUCUGACCACGGUUGUGCCUACUGGUUUUGCUGGCACAUUGCCUACUAUCCACUCUCUUAUCUCACUCCUUCCUUGUCGCAGCUUGUUUAUAUUCCUCCACUUCAGAGGUGUGUCCUUUUUGGUGAGUUUAGUGUGGCGUCAACAUAA